CACUACUAUAUAACAAAUAAUUUGAGCAAAUGAUAGUAACAAGAUUGAACUCGUGUGCAAGAACUAUGAGUACCAAAGUAGCAGUAUUGCUGUCUGGGUGUGGGGUGUACGAUGGAACUGAGGUUCAUGAGAGUAGUGCAGUAUUGACACACCUCAGCAGACAGGGGGCUCUGGCUUCCUGCUUUGCUCCCGAUAAGGAUCAAAUGCAUGUGGUAGAUCACACUGCUGGAACAGAGAUGUCGGAGACACGAAAUGUGUUGAAGGAGUCAGCAAGAAUUGCACGUGGUAAAAUCAGUGCUCUCACGGAACUGAAUGUUGGAGACUUUGAUGCGCUCAUUGUACCUGGUGGGUUUGGUGCCGCUAAGAACCUGAGCAGUUUCGCCACACAAGGAGUGGACAUGACAGUGGACCUUACUGUCAGCGACAAGAUAGCUGCUUUCCACUCUGCUGGGAAACCUAUUGGACUGUGCUGUAUUGCACCUGUAUUAGCUGCUAAACUUAUCCCUGGUGUCGAGCUGACCGUAGGGAGUGAUCAGGAAGGGACAGAUAAGUGGCCAUACGCUGGAACUGCUGCUGCUAUUGAUGCUAUGGGUGGGAAACAUGUUGUAACAGACGUCUCAGAGGCCCACGUCGACUCUAAAAACAAGGUUGUUACUACUGCAGCCUUUAUGUGUGAGACUGAUCUACAUGAAAUACAUGACGGUGUUGGUGCCAUGGUUACAGAGGUUCUGAAACUAGUUACGUAAACUUCAGGACUAAAUCUAUAAUAUUUCCUUCUUUGGUAAUUUAUUUUAGAUACAAGCUAGCAUGAUGUCUCCUUUUGAAUUUCCAAGAAAACUUUAGGGCUAAUUUUUGUUUAUUUCUGGAUAUGAAGUACCUAGUUUAUUUAUAUUUUUGGUUUUACUGUAAUAAUAUGCUAAUAUAGAAUUUCUAAUUAACGCAUCAGCUACACUGCAAGACCUUUUUUAAAAUUAUCUUAAAUUGGGCACCGAUUUGGUAUUUAAAAGCUUUGAAUCGUUACAAAGAAUGCAUAUUUUGAGUCGAGUGAGUUUAUUAUUCAUAUUUUAUUGUAAAAUAAUUUGGAAACUGUAUUGUUUAACGUUCGUUCACUGAA